GGAUUCACGUAUGGUCAUGUUGAUAAUGAAAAUUUAAGAAUAAAUGAAGAGUGGCCUGGCGAGAAGGGUACUGUUGUUCAAUUCAAAACAAAUACAGUAUUACAAUAUGAUAGUGAUUUGAAUGUCGAAUCAUGGGGAUUUCCUGCAUUAUCUAAACGUCCAAAAAAAAAUUUCGAUAUAAAUGAACGAAAAUAUGUAGCAGAAUUAUUUAAAUUGCAUCUAGGUGAUUUGCAUGAAAGACAUGAAUUAUAUCUUCCAAAUGGUUUGAAUUAUAAAAAAGCAAUCGUAGAUUAUCUUCAUAAACUUGGAGAG